AUGGAAUUUGACACAGUACUAGAAGCUAAAGACUUCUGGAAAAGUUACGGUGGAAUGAUGGGUUUUGAUGUUCGACAAUUGUAUGCAAAUAAAUGCAAGCUUGAUAAUUCUGUAAGUAGUUUUAGACUUGUUUGUGCAAAGGAAGGCCAACGAAGACCAGAUAAACGGGAUCAUUUAACAAAGCAACCUCGCGCCGAGACUAGAACAAGUUGCCAAGUAAGAAUGUCACUCAAGUUUGCUCGAGAUAUUAAAAAAUAUGUGAUUUGUGACCUUGAGUUAAAUCACAAUCAUAUUUUGCAAAUUUCGGAAACCAGUCAUAUGAUGCCAUCACAAAGAAAGAUUUCAGAAGUACAAGCAUUGCAAAUAGAUUUGGCAGAUGAAGCUGACAUAAGACCAAAGGAAACACAUGAACUAACAAAUUUACAAGCUGGUGGUAAAGAUGUCCUUGGAUAUACCAAACAAGACCAAAAGAACUAUCUUCGAAGCAAACGAAAGCGAGACUUGGCCUAUGGUGAAGCAGGUAGUUUAUUAAAGUAUUUUCAUCGGCAACUACUUGAUAAUCCCUCAUUUCAAUAUGCUAUACAGUUAGAUAACGAAGAGAAAAUAACAAAUAUUUUUUGGGCUGAUGCAAGAAUGGUUAUUGAUUAUGCUAUCUUUGGUGAUGUAAUCACAUUUGAUACUACAUACUGCACAAACAAAGAAAAUAGACCAUUGGGUGUUUUUUGUGGAUUCAAUCACCAUCGAGAAAUAGUAAUAUUUGGCGCUGCUCUUUUGUAUGACGAAUCAAAAGAAUCUUUUAUAUGGUUAUUUGAAUCAUUUUUGGAAGCUCACAUGCAAAAAAAGCCUAAAACUAUUUUCACUGAUCAAGAUCCUGCUAUGGCAAGUGCUUUGGUAGAAAAAAUGCCUGAAACAUAUCAUGGAUUAUGUGUCUGGCAUAUUAUGCAAAAUGCUAUUCGACAUUUAGGGAAUAAGUUGAAAGAUGGUUCUUUUAUCUUGAGAGAUUUCAAAGCUUGUAUAUAUAAUUCUGAAGAUCAGUUUCAAUUUCAAGAGACAUGGGAUGCAUUGCUUCAAAGAUACAAAGUGGAAGACAAUUCUUGGUUGAAGAGUAUUUAUAAAGUGAAGGAAAAAUGGGCUCAUUGCUAUAUGAAGAAGGUGUAUACUAUUGGAAUGCGAAGUACUCAACUUAGUGAAAGUUUUAACAGUGAUUUGAAAGAUUUUAUGCGGUCAAAUUUAGACAUAAUACAUUUUCUCAAACAGUUUGAGCUAGCUGUUGGUGGCAAGCGAUACAAAGAGCUACAAGCUGAAUACAAUGCAAGACAAAAGCUUCCUAGACUUAAGAUGAUUCAUUCGCCGUUAUUGAAGCAUGCUGCACAGGUAUAUACUCCUAAUGCAUUUGAUUUAUUUCAAAAUGAGUUUGAUUGGAGUUCUGCUGCAUAUAUUAUUUCUCGUAUAGAGAACAAUCAAAUGUCUGAAUAUCAAGUUGCUAUUUUUGAUAAAGAUGGAGAAUACACUGUAUCCGGCAAUGUGAAAGAUAUGAUUAUUUCUUGUAGUUGUGGAAUGUUCGAAACAAUGGGUGGAAUAUUUGAAAUAACAGGAUUCUUAUGUUGUCAUUGUUUAAAAGUUUUAAAUGUUUGGGAUGUGAAGCAAAUUCCGGCUCAAUACAUUAUGAAAAGAUGGACUAGAGAAGCAAGAGAGAUGAUUGUUCAUGACUCAGAUGGAAAAGUUGUUCAAAGUGAUACUAGAGCGGAUGCUACAGCACGGUACAAGAAUAUAUGUUUCAAAGCAAUCAAAUUAGCUGCUCGAUCAUCAGAUUUUGAAGUAACAUCUAAUUUUGUUGAGCAAGUUAUAGAGGAGACAUAUAAGAAGGUAGAUUCUUUUUGUAGACACAAUCAAAAUGAUAAUGUUUCAAAUAUUUUGAAUGCAAAAGAAAUCGUUAAUAGCUGUUCAGAUGGAGAUGCGUUAGAAAGAUUACUUGAAAAUGUGAAAGGAUUGAAAAAAAAGGAAGGACGACAAGGUAGAAAAAGACUCAAGAGCUGGGUUGAAAAACAAUCAAACAAGAGAAUGGCGUCAACAAAUGGAGUGAAGUUACAACACCAAAUUUAG